GUGCCCUCUAAAUCCUAAACCUUUUGCGUUCUGUUCCCUCUUUCUCCUCUCUUCCUUUUUGGCUUUAUCCAUCACCAUCAUUCAACAACUUCUUCGACGGAGAGAUGGUGGUUUGGGUCCUUCCACGGCGGCGAUUUCUUGCCACCGGUGGUGUCGACGAUGUCAAGGUGGCGAAACAAUCCUCGGUGCGCCCUCAUCUCCAGAUCGCUGAAUUGAAGGCUGCGAAACAAUCUUGCUGUGCAGGAAAUACUUUUAAACCCCUUUGCUUGUCCUUAUUCUGUUUCUGUGGAAUCAAAAUCUGGUUGGGGAGGGCUGUUUGUGUUCUUGUGAUUUGUAAGACUGCUAUUCAGGCUUUGUUGGCUAUAUGUUUGUGCAAGAAAAUAUUUUUCCAACAAUGGUUCUUGUAGCUAACUCCUCACUGUUGUCUCCUUCAACUUGCAAGUUACAUAUAGCAACCUCAAGAGUUUAAUUCGGGUUGUUCUGCUCUACCUCUUCAGUCAUGAUGGUUGAAUUUCUAGUACAGAACCAUUAGCCUAAAUCACAAUGGAAGUCAAUAACAAACUUAAGUAACUGGGAUCCACUGUACAAGCAAACUAGGAGUAGUUACUAAAGUUAGAGUAUUAUAAUCUCAAUAAAGUUGUAACCUGUGUAAAUAAUUCAGUACAUGGGAACUUCAGAUCCCUUCAAGGUUGCAAAUAAAGACUUCUCACCUUUAAUCUGUUAUAUAA